AAACACAAAAACAAUGUAAUUUUAUUAAUCGUUAUUAUUACACAUAUUUAUAUUCAUAAUUUAACUCAGCAAUGCAUCAGGAUAUAUCGUGACAAGUGUAUGAAAGACUUCAGACAAAAAUAUAAAAUAAAAAAUAUUUGUAGGUUAUUAGAUUUAUGUGUUCAAAAAUGUAUAAAAGACAACAUUGUCAAAAUUAUUAUGCAAAUUAAUGAUAGGGAACCCAAAAAUGCUUCCACAGGCUUACACAGAUAUGUCCUGAUAUGUAAAAUAAUGUGGAAUUAUGUAACUAUGCAUAAAUUUUUAUUCAUAAUCUGUGAAAAAUAAAACUUAAUAUAAAACAGAGACUUAUUCUUUUCUGUUAGUUAAAGAAAUUAGGUAUUUCUGAAAUAAAUUAGUAUAUUUAUUAUGAAUUAUAUCUGAUAAUUAAAUAAUAAAAAAGAUAAAUUUUACUCAAUAAAUCCUAUUUGUAACUCACAACAAAAUCAUAGUGGUGCUUUAUCUUCACAUGUAAUUCACCUCAUAUAAUAUCAUGUACCCCUAAAAGGUAUUAAUCAUAUGCAAAUAAAUUCUAAUUAAUUCUGCAGUUAGUGAUUAAUUUAAACAUUUAUUAAAAAUCACACCAGCUUAUUCGAUUAUUAAAAACAAAAUGCUUCUUAACACCCAUUAAACUUUUCAGACCAUAUAACUAAAACUUCAAAAACCAGCCACUUAUCACUUUGCAUCUUUCACAACAGUUCAAUUAUUGCCAAUAUUCGAUUUUUUCAGAUCCGAAACUUCACCCGCCCCCUGUUUCGUGUGGGCAAUCGUUGGAAGACAUCCCCGACGCGACCAACAACAUCGAAACCGCAUUCGAAGCCGUCCUCUUCGACGCUAUUCUCGAGACCGACUAAGAUUAUACGUAGAAAAUAUCUGCCUCAAACCACCAAGACAGUAGAAAGUCAAGAAACAACAAUAUCAACAACAACAGCAAGACCUAAAUUAGAGACCCGAUUCCGGUUUAUGUCUAGAAAACCAAUUCUCCGGACCACCACACCAAGGAAAAAAACCACCGAAGUAAUUCUCGACCAAGUCUCGGAAUCCAGCAAUCAGCAGUCGCUAGAAGAAGACUUUGAAGGAGGAAAGACUACAGAACUGGGCGAACUAGCUAUUGCUUUAAAGAAUAUUCAGCAUGCUCCUCUGCCCGUCAACACUUCAAGUACCAUGACCCUAACAACUCAUCGUACUAAUAACAAAGUAACCAACAGGUUACUCGAUAAGAAUCUGAGAAGUUCUCCUCAAACUACUCAACGCAUUGUUGAAAAAAAACCAACACGUAGCCGAAUAAAAUAUUCAACGACAAUUUCCCCUAUCCUACUCACGACUGCCAAGUCGAUAAUGAAAAACAGAAGGCCUGAAGCAUUUCAGAAAAUAAAAGCGGCAGAUUCCAACACUUUCAGACCGCUGUCUGAAUACGAUUACUAUGACAGUAUCGAAGGCAGUGUUUUUGGGAAGAUACCCGAGCACAGCAAAGUGCUGCUACAUAGUAACGGUGUUAUAGAAUGCUUAGAUCAAGGAAAUUUUCCUCACCCUGUGUCAUGUAAAAAGUUCAUUUCAUGUGCCAAAAUGGAGAACGGGAAGGUUUUGGGCUGGGAAUACACGUGCCCCAAAAACCUGAGCUUCGAUCCGAUAGGGGGCAUUUGUAAUUGGUCUGCCGGGCUUGGAUGUAACGAGUAAUAAAUUAUUAAUUUUUUUUUAUUUAUAAACAAAGUACUUUAAAAUGUGAUAAAAGUCAUGUAGGCCAGUGGCAUCUGGAAGAGAGCUAUCAGUACUUCAUAAAAAUUGAUGCAAAUGAUCCUGUAAAUAUAAAAAAAAACAAAGCGUUUUUGUUCUGUUAUAAUAAAACAGUAUUUUAAAUUUGAUACCAGUUAACCGGUGAAACAUAUUUAAAAGCAGAAUAAUUACUUUUGGACUAUCAGAGCAGAUGUUAGAGUUAUAGUCUCAACGUGUAAAUGAUCCUCGUUACCGUCAUUAUGUAAUUGUAAUUAAAUUAAACCUUAAUGUUUAA